AUGGUUUCAUUUUCUUCAAAUUAUGCAAUAGGAGAAAACAGCAUGGCUAGUAGUAGCUUCCAAAACGUGCCUAGUUUGUCUCAAUCUCAACCUUCUUUUAUGACUAGAAUGGCUAUGAGGAUAUCAAGAUCAAGAUGGUUCAGUUUUUUGAGAAGAGUGUUUCAUUACCAAAAUGGGCCAAGAUCUGAUCUUGGUUCUAACCCUUUUAAUUCUAGGACUUGGAUGAUGUUGGAGUUGGUUGCUUUGUUGGUUCAAAUUACAAGCACAACAUUUACUUUGGUGAUUUCAAAGAGUGAGAAACCUGUUAGGCCUAUGAGGGUUUGGAUUGUUGGUUAUGACAUUGGAUGUGUUCUUAAUUUGUUGUUGCUUUGUGUUCGGUAUUGUCAAAUUGGUUUGAAUCAUGGUGGUGGUCUUGCUCUUUCUCAUGAUGUGGAACAACAAAUGAACAAUGAAGAAAACAGUGUGUAUAGGAGCACACAUUUGAUGAGCAAAUGCAAAAGUUCACUAGAGCUAUUCUUUGCAAUAUGGUUUGUGAUGGGAAAUGUUUGGUCAUUUGACUCACGUUUUGGAACAUUACAACAAGCUCCAAAACUCCAAAUCCUAUGCAUAAUCCUUCUUGUUUGGAAUGCAAUUUGUUACUCUUUCCCUUUUCUUCUCUUCUUGUUGCUUUGUUGUUGUGUUCCACUCAUUACCACCCUCCUCGGUUAUGACAUGAACUUGGGAUCCUCUUCUAGAGGUGCAUCUGAUGAUCAAAUCUCACAACUUCCAUCUUGGAGAUUUAAAGUUGAUCAUACCAAAUUAGAUCUUGACAAUGAUUCUCAAUGCAGUGAAAGAUUGAUCCGCGAUGAGCCGGAAUGCUGCAUAUGUUUGGCCAAAUACAAAGACAAAGAAGAAGUUAGGCAGUUGUCUUGUUCACAUAUGUUCCAUCUAAAAUGUGUGGAUCAAUGGCUAAGAAUUAUAUCAUGCUGCCCUCUUUGUAAACAAGAAUUACAAAGGUAG